AUGCGAUCGACUAAUUCCACAAGUAGAGUAACAAUGGAUACAUCCGUUAUGAAAAUGCCAGUUCUUAUUGCUAAUUUGUGUUGGAAUUCUAAACAAACUGACUCUGAUAUAGAAGGUGCUAUUAUUCAUGAAAUAUUUAUAUCUGAAUCAUUGAGUCAUAUAUCUAAUGUUCCAAUAGCAUUUGGAGAUACCCGAUUACCAACUUAUGAUAUUUCUCUUGUUACGGAGUUUAUUGAUGGUCAGAAUCUUGCUACAUCACUGAUUGAUGACACAAUAAUGAAUUUGACAUUCAAAGAACGUUCAGACAUUGAACUUGGAAGUUGUAAAGGACGUGAGUGAUGGAAGUGCUUCAUCAUUUCAAUCUGACGUUUAUUUUCUUUCAUUUACAUCCUGCGCACCACUGGCAGUUAAGUAUCCUUGUAUGGAUGUCAAAUAUAUGGAAACAAUAACGAAAUUCACAAUAAAAGAAGAAAAUUCAAAUGGUUGGAGUGGUUUGGUGUUCAUCUGACAGUAACAGUAGUAUCAGAUAUGUUGAGAAACGUUAUUGAAAAAGGCUGGUUACCGACACCUGAAUAUGGUGCGGCCAUUGGUGAAAUUAUUGGUACAGUAAUAAAAACGAUUAGUUCUAAUUAAAAGACAUGAGUGCAAAUGUUAUGGGCAUAUUUUUCUUGAUCCAUCAAAAAUUCAUCAUACGAUUUGAUUGACGAAUAUCAUACCUUUGAAUUGUUAGUAAUUCAAGAAAUCAUAAUAAGACUAGUGAACGAAGAUGAUGAAGCUAUUCAACUCCUAUUAAAAAAUGACGCUUGGAAUUGACGAAAAAUAGAGAACUCGCACGGAUCUUGAACUAUUAAAAAUUCAUAAUGUUUAAUAAUUAUAAUCAUAGUGAAUAGCUGUUCGAAAAAUACGGAUUUAACAGGUAAUUGUCUCGUUUCCACGUUAUUUUUUAUAAUUUGGUGUCUGCUUAUACUCCUUAGUGUUAUGACUUUUUCAUGCAUCAUGUUUUAACCUACCAUUGUCCUUCCCUGUCAUCCAUUGUCUAGUUAUUCCUCUCACCCAUAACGAUGUAUUUCUUUCCAUGUGUAAUCUAUGGAUACUAUAGAAUCAAUUAGAUACUAGAUGAUAAGAUUAAAAUUGUUACACUAAUGAUAUGAAUCAAGUUAUUUGGUUGAAUGCUGGUGGAAUGAUUUUUGAAAAAAACGAUUACUUGGACUGAAGUCAGAAAGUGUAGUUGUCGGUGGAUGUGAAUAUGAAUGUUGAUGUAGACGUGAAGUGGAGGCAUGCUUAUGGAUGUCCGACUCCUUUUCAUGCAUAGUCGCACCUAAAUUUAUCUUACUAUCCCUCACCAAUACAAACAAAUUCUCAACAGGAUGAGAGUAAGCAAUCGAACGAGAGUAGAUGCGGCAAUAAAAGAAUACACACUUUGAGUCAGCAUAUAGCCAUACAGCCUGAGGAAUAUUUGAAGCCUGUUCGUUACGAAAAUUCUCAAGUAUUCCAUUAUUGUUUUUCUUCUUUAGAGCUAAAUAAAAAUAAAACUUAAACUAAAAAAAUGAAUUUAUCCUUUUCGAAAAAAUUACACUUGUUCAGAUUUUUCUCUUCUGAUUAUUUUUCUUUAUAAAACUUUCAUAAUUCUUCUCUCAUUGCUCAAACUUCGAAAUGAGCAUCCUUUCUCUUCUUCUUUCGUUCAUUUUAUGCGAUUCCAAAUUAGCUUCUUUCGCUCAUAGAUAACAUAAUAUUGGGAAAAUCGAAAAAAAUCGAAAACUAAGAAAGAGACAUGAGUGUGGGUUAUGGUCUUUUCUUCAAUCUCAGCCAUAGCCACAGCCAUGCUGACUCCUAUCUGCUUACAUUCAAUUCUAUCAUGGGAAAAAAGCAUACUAUUAAUAGUAUAUUAGAAUGCAUCAUGAUCAUCGCUAACAAAAAUCUUAAAAACCUUUUCUAUUAUUAUUGGCUCAGAGCAACUGCCCAUCAAGCAGAAGGCGCAUGGUUCAAGUUUUGCGAAGGGUGCAUCUGUUUCACAGUUCAUUAGUCAUUGCAAUAUACUGCCUAGUCUCAUUGGCUUUUAACAUUUACAGGUAAUAAGAACAACAAUGAAACUAUCGGGUGUCCCAGGAAUAAUGAGCCUCCCAGUAUUUUUAAGAUUUCCUGUCUAUUAUCACUGUAAGUAAAGCUCUCAUUAUUAUCAAAAGAUAGCGCUUAAAAUUCUCUACAAAACCA